AUGGAAGACGUCCUGUCCCGAGCUUGGGCGCUGGUAAAAUGGGAGGAAGAUGUCGCCAGUCGAGCUAAGGCGCAGCAAAAGCAAGAUCCCAAGGCGAUCAGAUCAGACCGAACCGAGCGAGAUGAGAAACCCUCUCAAAGACCAGCCAGGGACUCCGGGAAUCGAAACCAGGGCAUAUACCAGAACCCGCUGAUCAAGAAGGCAGAAGGGAUGGCAGUGUCCACGUGGCCAGACAUCUCUCACCUCUCCGUCUCAAGGCCGAAGCUGAUUAAUGUUCUGAGGCAGAUGGGCCAACAGGUCAAGUGGCCUCAGAAGAUGAAAGCACCCGAUUCUUUCCGGAACCCUGGUCGCUGGUGCGACUUCCACCGAGACCACGGUCACAAAACGGAGGACUGCGUCGCACUGAAGAUCGAGGUCAAAGAGUUGCUUAAGAAAGGACACCUCAGGGAGUUCUUUUCCAAGAAGGCCAAGAGCCAUCUAAGCAAAGAGACAACGGGAAAGCCCACUGAAGCUGCUCCAGUCUCACCACCUCGACAGGACCGAGUGAUACAUGUCAUAUCGGGAGGUUCGGAGAUCAGCGGAAUAAGCCACGCAGCCCCGAAGAAGAGCACUUGGAACGCCAAGCACGGCCUAGAGGCAGCCAAGCCGAAACGCCUACUCCUGGAUACGGACGAAAUAAGUUUCACGGCCAAGGAGCAGGAAAAGAUUCUCACCCCACAUCAUGAUGCCCUGGUCAUAUCGCUCACUGUAGCGAACUGCCUGGAGAAAAGGAUAUUGGUAGAUAAUAGAAGCUCCGUCAACAUCAUCUUCCAGGCCGCAUACAAGGAUCUGGGGAUGGAGGAAAGCGCUCUAACUCGGAGGAUAACCCCACUCAUAGGGUUCAGCGGAGAAGUCAAGCAGACCGCCGGAGAGGUGACCCUCCCGGUGUACGCUGAAGGGAUCAACAUGUCAACCAAGUUCCUUGUUGUUGACUGCGAUUCAUCCUACAAUAUGAUCCUCGGGUGGCCUUGGAUCCACGGCAUGGGAGCCGUCCCUUCGACUCUUCACCAGAUGGUUGAUAGACCAUGGAUUUGA